AUAAAGUAAAUGUAAACAAAUAAAAUAUUAAUUUUAAUAAAAAAAUAAAAAUAUUUUAAAAUAAUAAUGACAUUCCAGGAAUUUAAAUGUCUGCGUGUAAUAGAUUGUAAACAAGGCGCCGUAAGAGCGGUGCGCUAUAAUGUCGAUGGCUCUUACUGUUUAACUUGCGGCUCCGACAAGAAGCUAAAAUUAUGGAAUCAUAAAACUGGCUUACUUUUAAAAACCUACGGCGGUCAUGCCGAUGAAGUCACCGAUGCCGCUGGCAGUUGUGAAAGUAGUAACAUUGUGACCGCAAGUUUAGAUAAAAGUAUCAUCUAUUGGGAUGUUAGUACUGGAGCACCGGUAAGACGUUUGCGUGGCCAUGCUGGUGGUGUUAAAUGUGUGUGUUUUAAUGAAGACUCCUCUAUAGCGAUAUCGGGAGGACGCGAUAAUGCCGUCUUUUGUUGGGAUAUACGUACCAGACGUUUGGAACCUGUUCAAAUGAUGAGAGAAGCUAAAGAUUGUAUAACGUCGGUAUUGAGUAAUGAGAAUAAAAUUAUUACCGCUUCCUUAGAUGGUUGUGUGCGUUAUUAUGAUAUACGUGUGGGAGAACUCACUUGUGAUAAGGUGGGAGUGCCCAUUACGUAUUUGAACAUGACGCGGGAUGAACAAUGUCUGGUGGCCGCUUGUCAGGAUAAUAUUGUACGUUUGCUGGAUUGUGAUUCUGGCGGUUUAUUGUCUGAGUACAAGGGUUGCAAAGGCGAUGAUUAUCAUAUUGAAUGUGGCAUUAUGUGUAAUGAUGCUCAUAUUGUCUCGGGAAGCAGUGGGGGAGAUGCUAUUGUUUGGGAUUUAUUAGAGGGUAAAAUACUGCAAAAUAUUGAAAUUAGUAAAACUGGAGGUGUUGUACAUUCUUUAGCUACACAUCCUAAAUUGAAUGAAGUUAUGUUUGCGCGUCGGAGAGAUGUUUAUGUGUACUCAACGGAAUUGGAGAAUGAAACGAUGGAUGUUUUGUAAUUUUAUAAUUAUACUACGAUAGUUAGAUGUAUGUAUUCUAAUGAUCUAAUAUGUAAGAAAUUAAGAUAUAAGUUCAAAAAAUAUAAAAAGGAAGUCACA